AGCUGCUGCAGGAGACCUGACCACUCAGUCACAUAACCAACGCAUGGCUGCUUCCAUGCAUGACUCAUUUAGCAUGACAGGGGAGUUGAGCUCAGGAAUGGGGGUGGAGUGUGCAUGUGUGUGGUUGUUAUGGUGCUGGGUGGGUGGUUAGAUCAUGGUGAUGUUUUCAUCAGCCAACAGUACAUUAAAGGCUCUGAGCCUGGGAGCCAUUCCAUUUCCUCAUAGAGUUUGGGACUUUUUUUUCAAUAGACUUUGAGAAAGAGGAUUAAGUUUUGACUUGACCCCUAGGGCCUCACACUGUGGCUCCUCACGGAGGUCAUGUGGGGUCUACUGGGGUAAGGAAGUAGGAGUCUGCCGUUCAUCGUCCUGUAAUGCUACAGACCACUGAACCAGACCCUGGUAAUGCUUUGUUUCUGAUACUGGACAGAGUCCUGCUGACACAGAUGCUGUCUUCUGUUGGCCUGCAGGAGGAGGACCUGAACUGUGUGAGGGACCGCUGGUCUGAGGCCCUCAUCAAACGACGAGAGUAUCUGGACGAACAGAUCAACAAGAUCAUCAACAAACAGGAGAAGUCAGAAGAGGACAUGGAGAGGGAGGCCAGGCUGGUGGAACAGUGGGUAGGGCUGACUGAGGAAAGGAACGCUGUACUGGUGCCCGCGCCUGGCAGUGGCAUACCUGGUGCCCCUGCCCACUGGGCCCCCUCUGCUGGGAUGGAAGCUCACUUCCCAGUCCUCUUCCUGGACUUGAAUGCAGACGACCUGACAGUGACUCAACAGUUAACAGGACUUAACCUCUAA